AUGACUAAUGCUAGAUCCCUCAAGACAGGCAUCCCGUCCAUAUUAAGGAGAUCCUACGGACAAAAUCAAGUCCAGAUACUCCAGACGAAUAAAGAAUACAACAUGAGAAACAGAUGGAGAAGCCACAGUAGGACCCCUAAUAACCCAAGGAACAGCUAUGACGCUACCCCUGAAGAUCAACCCCAACAGUGA